AACUCCUGGCUUCCUGUCACAAGACGCCCGUGCGCUACGUCGGCAGGCCAGCGCUGGGGCAUCCCGUGGCCCUCACCCUGCGGCUUUCCACAGAGAGGCCAGGAUAGCGAGGACGACUUUGAUGAGGACCCUGACCACUACGUCUGCGGGGGGGUCCCCGGGCAGCCGUCAGGCCUGGAGGAGGAGCUGACCCUGAAAUACGGGGCGAAGCACGUGAUCAUGCUGUUCGUGCCGGUGACGCUGUGCAUGAUCGUGGUGGUGGCCACCAUCAAGUCCGUGCGCUUCUACACGGAGAAGAACGGACAGCUGCCCUAUGGAGCAGGCAGGGAGCAGAGUCUGCAGCCCGCCGUCUCCCUCAGCAUCUACACACCAUUCACCGAGGACACGCCCUCCGUGGGCCAGCGCCUCCUCAACUCCGUGCUCAACACCCUCAUCAUGAUCAGUGUCAUUGUGGCCAUGACCAUCUUCUUGGUCGUGCUCUACAAAUACCGCUGCUACAAGUUUAUACACGGCUGGUUGAUCAUGUCCUCGCUGAUGCUGCUUUUCCUCUUCACCUACAUCUACCUCGGGGAGGUGCUCAAGACCUACAACGUGGCCAUGGACUACCCCACGCUGUUCCUGACGGUCUGGAACUUCGGGGCGGUGGGCAUGGUGUGUAUCCACUGGAAGGGCCCCCUGGUCCUGCAGCAGGCCUACCUCAUCAUGAUCAGCGCCCUCAUGGCCCUGGUGUUCAUCAAGUACCUUCCGGAGUGGUCCGCGUGGGUCAUCCUGGGUGCCAUCUCUGUGUACGAUCUCGUGGCUGUGCUGUGCCCCAAAGGGCCACUGAGAAUGCUGGUGGAAACGGCCCAGGAGAGAAACGAGCCCAUAUUCCCUGCCCUGAUAUACUCCUGUGAGUAUUUAUUAUUGAGAGAGAGAGAGAGCGCGCAGGGGAGGGGCAGAGAGAGAGAGAGGGAGACACAGAAUCCGAAGCAGGCUCC